AUGCGUUGUAUCAAGAACAGAAUUGAGCACAAGGGCUCUGGUGAAGUGACGCUGUGCCCAGAUGAGCCAGAAGACAUGUGGCAUGCAUACAACCUGAUUCGACCCGGUGAUAUUCUUCGUGCUAGUACCAUUCGAAAAGUCACAACGGAACAAGAUGCCACCGGAUCAACACGCUCGCAGCGAGUCCAUCUCAACCUCGUAAUUCGCGUCAAGAAUCUCGACUUCGAUCCGCAGAGCUCCCAGCUACAUGUUUCCGGGCAAAUUAUGAACGAAACACAACAUACGAAAAUUGGCCAGUACCAUACCCUCGAUUUAGAACUGAACCGCAAUUUCACAUUAGAGAAGGAGGCUGGAUCAGACGGAGAGGGUGCUGGCUGGGACAGCAUUGCCAUUGAAUCGCUCAAGGAUGCUGUAGACGAAGGAGGGAAACGCCGUGCAGAAGCUAUCGCGGUGGUCAUGCAGGAGGGUCUGGCACAUAUUUGCUUUAUUGGCCAAUUCCAGACAAUAAUGAAGCAGAAGGUCGAGAUGUCUGUUCCGCGGAAACGGCAGGGCGGAAGUGAUCAUGAUAAGGGAAUGAACAAAUUCUUCAAAGUUACACUCGAAACGCUCCUUCGCCAAAUGGAGUUCAAUACCAGCAUCACUUCUGGCGCCAACGAGGCCGUACGUCCUGUUCUACUGGCAUCCCCCGGAUUUGUCGCAUCAGGCUUCCAAAAGUACAUUCAAUCCGAAGCAACAACGACGACACCUGGUUUGAAAAGACUCCUUCCCAGCCUGGUGGUUGUGCACUCUGCUUCGGGGUAUACAAAUUCGCUAUCAGAGGUGCUGCAAUCCCCCGCGGUCAAGUCACUGCUGGCAGACACCAAGUACGCCCGUGAAACUAAGUUGAUGGACGACUUCUUGGAGCAACUACGCAAAGAAACGAACAAAGCAACCUACGGUCCCCGCGAGGUUGAAAAUGCAGUAGAGCAAGGUGCGGUCGGCCGCGGUGGUGGAGUGCUCAUUGUUUCAAAUCGGUUGUUCCGGUCACAAAAUAUCGCUGAACGUCAGCGCUGGGUUACGCUUGUAGAUCGUGUGCGCGAGGUUGAGGGCGGUGAUGUGCGAAUUCUUAGUUCGGAUCAUGAAAGUGGAAAGCGUCUUGAGGGAUUGGGCGGUAUCGCUGCUCUUUUGACUUUCCCUAUUCUUGAUGAGGAUUUAGAGUCUGAUGAAGAAUAG